AUGGCCACAAAUAUUGGAACUUCGUUAAAUGAGUGUCUGAAAGAGUUCAUAGAAUUGACCAACUCAGGCGCUGUAACGCGAUACAACAAUGAAGUAUCUGAACACCGCUGGUUGGACGAGCUUGGACGACUUCGAAUAUGGGCAGGAAAUAUUGGGGCUCACCUGACUGGACAAUCUUCGCUGGAUUAUCGGCUUCGAGAUGCCUCCCACCUGAAGAACGAAACAGUCAAGCUUUUGCAGCGACUGCUGAGGCUACUUCGAGACCUAGCUGAUGUCAUGAAAGAUGAAGACCAAGUUGAAGAUGAAACCGAUAAGCUUUUCUUCGAAGACAGCGAGCUGGAACUUGGGGGAGACAAUGAUAUGACAGACGUUCAGAUGCUUUUUCAAAGCUUGCGAAACACUAUCAACCUCCUAUUCCAAAUAUCAAUGUCCAUUCGUCGACCUGCCGACCACGAUCGUCUUCUCGGCGUGGAAGUCAAAGAUGGAUCAUAUUUCGAACCAUGGGCCCAGCAACACAUUUCCCACAAAUUUCCAAACGCUCCGGAUUCUAUAAUUUCUCGCCUCAGCGCUGCGAUGGCAAGGCAAAAAGCAGUUUUGAAAUAUUUCGAGAGACAUCGAGCAAAGCUUGGCAAGGGUUUAUCUGAUGAUGGAGAUAUAGGUACCCAGCUAUCAGAAACAGUGGCUACGGAGAUGGUCUUAGCAGAAGACCAUCUCCAGUUCCUUGAAACAAACUCCACCUCUGACAUUUCCCAAACUUCAUAUGCUCCCAGCAUGUUCACGUCGAAUGAAUCUCUCUCUGUUCCCAAUCCACCAAAGGAAUCUGCCGAUGAAAACCCGUUUGAAUGUCCAUACUGUUGUCUUGUUAUCAAAAUCAAAGGCAAUAAAGAGUGGGCUCGUCACGUCUUUCGAGACUUGAUGCCAUAUGUCUGCAUAUCCGCAGAGUGCAGUACCCCAUCGAAACUAUAUGAAAGUCGUCGACAGUGGUAUGACCAUAUGCUUGAGUCACACUCUACUUUGGCGAAUCUGCAGAGUGGUUCCAACUGCCCUCUUUGCCAAGUUCCACUUCAUCCACCAGUCACUUUUGAUCGACAUGUUGGACAUCACAUGGAACAGCUGGCGCUGUUUGUUCUUCCACGCGCAACUCCAGGCGAAGAAGCUUCUUCUGUAACAGCAUCCAAUGGUGCAUCUUUGGCAGCUUUCAGAGAUGAAAGCACACUAAGUACUGAUAGGAUUAGGGGACUGUCUCUAAUGAUAGAUGGGACCAAUCUUGAUGAUGAAUUUUCAUACGUACAAGAUUUGCCGUUGAGCAUAAACCAUUCGCCUCCUGAUUAUAUGGCCCCGGGGCCUCCACCAUCGUUCUUUGGACAAACUGAGGAGACUCCGGGUACAUCCAGUCCCUUGCCUUAUGGAGCUGUAACUUGGGAGACCAAUGCAGAGCAUUCUGCUGUCACGUCGAAUGAAAUUCACAGUGAUGGCAUGUCAGGCAAUGCCCCCGACAGCCGGCAGGCUAAAGAGCUUACUGGGACUCUAUUUGAUGCGAAAAAUCAUACCAACUAUUUGGAAGGGGGAUCGUCAUCCCAUGAUGGAAAGAAGAAGUCCGAGUAA